AUGUCCAAGCUGUGGAUUGGAGCCUACGGCCUACUGGCCUUUGUGGUAGUUGUCGCGUUGAAUGUCAUCUACCAAGGCCUCUUUCGGGCAUUCUGCAAGACGAGGCCGCCAUUGGUAUUCCAUUGGGUCCCGUUCGUGGGUAGUACAAUUCACUAUGGCAUGGACCCAUAUGGCUUUUUCUUUUCGUGCCGUGAGAAGUACGGUGACAUCUUCACGUUCAUUCUUCUCGGCCGCCCAACCACCGUUUACCUCGGAACUAAAGGCAACGAGUUCAUUCUCAAUGGCAAGCUGAAGGAUGUCAAUGCGGAGGAGGUCUACAGCCCUCUGACCACCCCGGUCUUUGGGUCAGAUGUUGUCUACGAUUGCCCGAACUCAAAGCUCAUCGAGCAGAAGAAGUUCAUCAAAUUCGGUCUAUCACAGGCGGCACUUGAGGCCCAUGUGCCAUUGAUUGAAAAGGAGGUUUUGGAUUACCUUGCCAUGUCACCCAACUUCCAUGGAACAUCAGGAACCGUGGAUAUCUCAAAAGCUAUGGCAGAGAUCACCAUCUUCACGGCAGGCAGUGCUCUCCAGGGCGAAGAAGUGCGAUCCAAACUCACCACCGAGUUUGCAGUUCUAUACCACGAUUUGGACAAAGGUUUCACUCCCAUCAAUUUCAUGUUGCCAUGGGCUCCUCUGCCUCACAAUAAGAAACGCGAUGCUGCGCAUGCACGGAUGCGCGCAAUCUACGUUGAUAUCAUCAACAAGCGCAGAAACGCCGGCGACAAUGUUCCCGAGAAACUGGAUAUGAUUGGGAACCUGAUGCAGUGUACCUACAAGAAUGGACAGCCGUUGCCAGAUAAAGAGAUUGCUCAUAUCAUGAUCACACUGCUCAUGGCUGGUCAACACUCUUCGUCUUCGAUUAGCUCCUGGAUCAUGCUGCGCCUCGCCUCGCAACCUUCUGUCGUCGAAGAGCUCUACCAAGAGCAGCUCGCCAACAUUGAGCGCACAGGCCCCAACGGUACUCUGCCCGCUCUUCAGUUCAAGGACAUUGACAAUCUUCCUCUGCAUCAAAAUGUCAUUCGUGAAACUCUUCGUGUCAACGGCUCCAUUCAUUCACUCCUCAGAAAAGUGAAAAACCCAAUGCCAGUACCUGACACUCCAUAUGUCAUCCCUACCUCCCACGUUUUGCUCGCUGCCCCAGGAGUUACGGCUCUGAGUGACGAGUACUUCCCUAACGCCAUGGCCUGGGACCCUCACCGUUGGGAGACGCAGGCUCCGGAUGAGGACAACAAGGAGGAUAUUGUUGAUUAUGGAUACGGCGCAAUGUCCAAGGGUACCUCAAGUCCAUACCUUCCAUUUGGAGCUGGACGUCAUCGUUGCAUCGGAGAGAAAUUUGCAUACCUCAACCUUGCUGUCAUCAUAGCGACUAUGGUGCGCCAUCUUCGAUUCCACAACGUGGACGGCAAGAAAGGUGUGCCUGAAACAGAUUACACGUCUUUGUUCUCGGGUCCACUCCAACCAACACGAAUUGGCUGGGAACGUCGCAAUGCAAAGCAAACUUAG